AUGGACGACAUGUUUGUUGUUCCGAUCAGUGAGUUCGACAGAGAAAGACUGUUGCCUUUCGCAAGAAGUCGACCUGCACCAGAAGAGCCGUUUAAUUUUCGAAAAUCGGGAACAAGUGAGUUGAUAAUAAUUCAACUUUCACAAUUGUAAUGAUAAAUUGUUAUUUUAGGGCUGACAGCGUCGAAGAAGAUUCUCGACAAGGCAAUGCAAGACUUCAAAGAUCUGAAUGACACGGCGAGGGAAGAAGAGAUCGAAGCGUCUUUGUUCGCCUUCUCUCGAAAUUAUCGAUUGAAUCAAACCGUUCAAGACGAAACAUUUGAAGACGAACUAGGUGCGAGCUUCAUUAAAGCCAUGGAUGAAGGAAGGGACAGAGUGCUGGCGAAGAUCGAUAGAGGAGAUUAUUUUCCGGAUUGUGGGAGUAGUGGAAGUCGUGGAAAUCAGAUUCCAACCCAAUCGAAACAACAUAUUGGACCAUUAUUCUCAAUGGUAUGUUUUUUUUUAACAUUGAUUUAUCUAAUUCAAGAAAAAUUUAUUACAGCGUUCAAUCGAUCUUCCGCAAUCAUCAGGAACUGAUAAAAACAAGAAGCAAUCAGCGCCAAAAAAUAUUCCAGUUGUAUCGAAAUCUAUCAGGCAAUCUUCGAACAGCAAGAAUUAUGGAAUGAAUUCGGCCAACUCCACGAUCUCGAUCAUAAGUUCUAAAUCAAAAAUUCCUGCAACAAUAAGAACGAAAUCACCAGCAAUCAACUCGCUGAAAAUUUCAACAAAAGCAUCUUCAAAGAAUGUAAAUAAGGUAUCGGCGGUUGUCCCAAAUAAGCCUACAAAGCCAAAGGUUGGUAGACCUUCGAAGAUGUCUUCUACAAAAACAACAGCGGAAGAUUCAUCGUCGAUGAAGUCACCUUCAUCUUCAAGUGUCAACCAGGAUCGCCCACGAAGAUAUAAAAAACGAGCUUCAACGAAGGCAAUUGACUAUUCCGAUGACCGUAAUUGUGCUGCAACAAAAUAUGGAAUCUCAAAAGCUCAGAAACUGUCGACCCGUUCUUCUUCUUCAGGCAAACAAAAAGUUGAAAACAAAACAUCUGGAAAUUCAACUUCACCAAGAAAUGUCCCUUUGUUAUCUUCCAAGAAUUCGCCGUCAUUUUUCAACAAGAGGUAUGGAAGGAGAUCAACAGCCGCCCGCGUGAACUAUUCCGAAGCGCGGAACCAAUAG